AUGGUGCUCCAAAAGGCCAUCACUGCAGCCCGUGAGGGAGAUCUACAGGGCCUCCGGGAACUAGCUGAAACUGGAUGUCUGACUGCAGCCAUUGCGGAUGCUCAGGGGGCAGGACUAGUGCACCAUGCGGCUCGCUGUGGUCAGCUGGACUGCCUUCGAUUUAUGGUGACAGAGGCGGGGCUGGCGGCUGACACGAGGGCCCUUAAUGGGGCCACACCUGUCCAUGAUGCUGCAGCUACAGGUCACACCCGUGAACUACAGUGGCUUGUACAGGUUGCAGGAUGCAAUGCAAAGAGCCAGGAUUCAGGAGGGGCCACUCCACUCCACCUUGCUGCACGGUUUGGGAGGGUGGAUGCUGUCCACUGGCUGCUGGCUCAUGGAAAUGGAGCAGAAGUGGAAACAAACUGCGGUGCUCUUCCUGCACACUAUGCUGCAGCAAAGGGUGACCUCACCUGUCUGAAGUUGCUGAUUGAUCAAGCUCCAGGGUGUGUUAAUGGACAGACAAAUAUGGGUGCCACGCUGCUGUAUCUGGCAUGCCAGGAGGGACAUCUACAUGUUGUGGAAUAUCUGGUGAAAGACCGUGGGGCCGAUGUGCAUCUAAGAGCCCAAGAUGGCAUGACACCACUGCAUGCUGCAGCUCAUAUGGGCCACCAUGCACUGGUGGUAUGGCUUGCAUCCUUCACAGAUGUUAGCUUGUCUAGUCAAGAUAAUGAAGGGGCGACCGCUUUACAUUUUGCUGCCAGUGGAGGGCACCAUCGCAUCCUGGAGCGGCUGCUACAGAUGGGAUCAAAGGUCAAGAAGGAUUACUGGGGUGGCACACCUCUGCACGAUGCAGCAGAGAAUGGGGAGAUAGAGUGCUGUCGAAUCCUCCUAAGUCACCAGAACAGCCCAAAAGAGAGAGACGUAGACGGCUUCACAGCUGCAGAUCUGGCCGAAUACAACGGCCACUUUGAGUGUGCCAGAUACCUUCGCUCUGUGGAGAGAAAUCUCUGGGCAGCUGCUCAGCCUCUGGAGGAGAACUGUCCUAUAGAGGAAGAGCUGAGAGAGAAACCAGCUGUGUCACGGCAACCCAGCUCAGAUUAUUACAGACAGAUCACUAAUAUACAAAAAGACAUGGACAGUCUCAAGCACCCUGAGACAGAAGAUUCCCCUCAAGCUCAUUACCCCACUCCACCUCUCUCACCUCCUCCUCCCCCUACCCCCUCGGUCACUUCGCCUCCAUCCUCUACUUCACAUGGGAACACUUUUCAGCAUGUCCACAUGGCCACCAUGGUGGUGAAGAAUCUUAGCUCCAGUCCGCCUGAGAGUACGCCAGUACCAGAGAAAGUGAGACUGUUGAUGGGUAAAAUGAAACUGGGAGAUGUAAAAUCUAUCGCCAGCUCGAAGAAAUCUGGAUUGACAGUGGAUUUGACGGUUUCUAAUAAAAUGGUGGUGUUACCCACAGAGGAGGCUAAUUUGUCUGAUAUUGAUUACCUGGUACCCACCAAUGAUGAGAAGGGCAGACCUAUAGCAGAGUGGAAGAGACAGGUGAUGGUACGACAGCUACAAACCAGAUUAUUUGAACAGGAAACUCAGAGAAUGAAGGAGAAUGGUAGUAGAUAUGAAAAAAUGGACAGUUGGAGGUUCUCCCAGGCUCACAAUGCCAUCCUGGGCCCAUUUGGAGAGCUUCUAACAGAGGAUGACCUCAUUUAUCUGGAGAAGCAAAUUAAGAGUGUAUCCAUGCAAAAAAACUGUGAGGGCUAUGAAAUGGAACUUGCUCGUCUGGCUGAAGAACUACGGAACAUUCUCCCGACACCCAUAGUCAACAUCACCGUCAACACCCAAUACAGGAACCUCUCUACACAGACUCCCUUGCCAGUUUGGUGCAACCGUAUUUCAGGCAUUGUGAAGAGUAUGUCACUGCUAAUGACCAACCUAACAGACCAGCCCUACUGCAAAAUGCCAAACACUGAGCUUGUGAAUGUCUUCUCUCAGGCUUCAGAGAGACAAGUCUCCAAAAGAGGCAGGAGGGAGAAGAUAGAAAACGAGAUCCACCAGUUUGGGGUAUCGGUGAGGAAUCUGAAGGACAACUUCGAGAAUCAGAAUGCUUCCUCAUUAGAGGGCUCAGAGAGUACAGAGUCAUUGAGUACAAAAGAACAAGGGUUGAAAAUAGAAGUAGAAAAUGGAUCAGAUAAGGACUCUCAAAAUCAUGUACAAAGACCAGAGGCUGAUCAGAGUAAUGAUUCCGGUACAGACUAUAUUGACAUCAGUGAUGUUAUAGAAAGUACGAGCCUGCGCAAGGAACGUAUUGUGGUCUUGUUCCUUGGACACUGGAAGAAGUCCGCUUACACUGUAACCUUGAAAAACGCCCAUAGGAAGCAAAGUAUUGAUUCACUGGAGAUGCCCAAGAAACCAAAGUGUGAACGCAAAGCUAGUUUGGAUAUAUCUCAGAAGAGGACCAUGGAGAAUGGUAAAUUAGGGCACUUCUUCAAACAGAGAAGUGCUAUCAACAAGAUGAUUGGGAACUGGAGAAGCAUGAUCUCGUUUGUACCAUCACGGCAGAUCCGAAGACUCAACCGGCAACAGGCCAUUUACUCACCUGAGCAGUUCCUGCCCCGUGUGGAUGGAUCUCCUGUUGACUAUGACACACUGACCCUGGACCUCUUCAUGCUUGGCUACUUCCACAUACUGGAGCUGGAUUUGCCAGCAGAUGAGAGGAAAAUGAGACAUCUGCUUUGCUUUGAAGUUUUUGACCAUGUGGGUCGGUUCACCUGGGAGAGAGUCAGGGAUUUCCACAAGGCUGUAAUUCAGGACAUUGAGGCUGGAAACCGGGAAUGGAAGGAUGGAUUUGAGGACAUUAAAGUUAAGUUUUUUGGGGACGGAUCAGGCCAACCAGAGCUUGAACAAUCAGAGCAGACCACAACAGUAGAAACGAGGCCCGUGCCUAAAGUCAUCAUUCAGACACCCACCCCAGAUGAGGGAGAUGUUCUGAGAAAUGGUCCAGAUAUUGGUAGUCUGAGUAAUGAUGAGAUUUGUCAAUAUAUUGACCGUAGUUUUGCUUUUUGGAAAGAAAAGGAGGCUGAGAUAUUUGACUUUGAAGAAUGACAAUAAGCUUUUCUUUUUUUCUUUUUCUUUUUGUGGAAACAAACAUAUACUGUAGACUUCACUGUCUGUAUAAACUACAUUUCUUUUCUUUCUGGAUUUGCUGUAGAUAUGGUACCAAUAUGUAUACAGUUUGACAGUUUGGUAUACUUUUUGCUAAUCUUAUCCUCAAUGGAGUUCAUUGAAAGACUACCAUAAACUGACAUGUUUGUUACUCUGUUUUGAAGCUUUGUAAAAAUUAUCAAAAUGUGAAGCUAUUUUAUUGAAGUUUUCGUUUCUCUUAGAGGAU